UUAUUUCUUCUCUCCGCUUCCUAACCAAUGUCGCAGUUAAAGAAAAAAAGUGAAAUAGUUUUUGCUGAAGCUUACUGAUAUAAUUUUAGUAUUCAUUUUUAAAGCUAUUACAUUGUUCGAAAACGAUUUAAGUUUAAUUGAGAAGAAUCGUGAUUGCUGUUAAGUGAACAAUUCGGACAUAUAUUUGAUGCUCUCAAGGACAAAGUCAGCGCAUGAAAUCGAGGGAUAUGUAUAUGGACGGAAAUAUUAGAAGGCGGUGAAAUAUUUAUAUUUGCGAAGCUAUAGAAUUAUAUUUGAGAAGCUAUAGAAUUGACAUACAUAUAUACAUACAUGAUAAGUUUGGAAUCGUGCAGUGGUGGCUGGUGGUGAAAUUAAUCGGUUGAGAUUUUGGAUUCUUGGCAAUCGGUAGACGAAGAAAAACAUAACUCAUGAGAUAUGCGUGGAAUUGAGGGCAAAGUAGUGGUGUUGGGCUCACGAGGAGUGGGCAAAACGCAUCUGGUUACAAAAUAUAUAAAAAAAACAUUAAAUAAAGACAUUGCGCCAACUAUAGCCGCAUCUUUUUUCACAUGCAAGGUCAUUUUGGACGAUGUAAAAAUCAAAUUACAAAUCUGGGAUACGGCUGGACAAGAGCGCUUCAAAGCUGUGGCGCCGAUGUACUAUCGAAAUGCCAAUGCAGCCAUUUUAGUAUUCGAUUUGUCACAACACAUAACUUUCGCUGAAAUCAAAACUUGGGUACAGGAACUGCAUCGAAACGUGCAAGAGCCUAUGGUACUUAUACUCGUCGGCAACAAGCUGGAUUUGCUUGCUCAGCGUGUGGUGGCGUAUGAUGAGGCCUAUCUGUUUGCGUCAUCAAUUGGUGCUACCUACUUUGAGGUCUCAGCCGAAACUGAUCAGGGACUCGAACAGGUAUUCCUCUCUGCCGCACUGGGUCUUGUGCGGUUGGCGAAUGAGGGUAAAAGUCGUUCGUUGCGUCAAUUCAAUUCAUGUGACUCUAUAUCUGCCUACACAAACAACAAUACUGCCUUAAGCCAUACCAGCGCGGCGUUAGCGGCGGCGAAAAAUGGUGACGCUGCUUUUCGCCUGCCAUACGUACACAUUGGCAUACCAGUGGAUGGUGAUGAUGAGCGCAAAGUGACGGGCGUAGGAAGACUCGAGACACCGUCUUGGAGUAUUGAACAUAUUGCUUGGGGUGAAGUUGAGCCAAGCAGUUGUUGGUGUUGGUAAUUCAAGUCGAUAUUAAAAAGUCUCUUAACUAGGGGCUAAGGUGAUUUACUAUCGAAUUACGUUACUUGGAGAAGGAAUAUAAAUUUUUGCAAAUUCGAUUGGGAUGUGAAGUGUAAAACAAAAAGCAAUUGGAAAAGAUAUUUAGAUUAAUUUAUUCAUGCACAAGCAUAUAAGAACCAAAAGCCAUUACGGGCAGUUUGUGGUAACUCUCUAUUAACCCUGACUAAAAACUAGCUGAUAAGUUGCGCUACUUCCGACUUUUGUACUGAUAUUUAAAAUAGGCGCAUUUGUAUAAGUCCAUUGUGCAUGUAAUUGUUUUCGAUUCUAAAGCAAUUGUUUUUAAAGAAUAAUUUAUUCCUAUUAUAAAUGAAUGAUAAUUUGGCGAAUUGUAGUUUUUAGCAAUACUUGUUUGCUUACCAAAUGCAUUGAGACGCUUUUGUUAUUAGCUUUAUUAAAAUACUAAAAAGGUCAUCACAAAAAGAUUAUAUGUAUCGAACACAUGUACAAAACAACAACAACAAAGUAUAUUGUUACAUCACUAACCAAGCAUCAAUGAAAACAGACGAGGAAAGAAUCUUAUAUUUUAAUAUUUACAUAUAUACACGUGCAUCCACAGAGAUGCAAAUAUAGUUAAUAUACAAAAA